AUGCCUCAACGCUCAAUCCUAGAAGAUAACCUCCCUCUUGCCAUCUCGCAACUUCGAGCUGAUAAUCGAGCUCCUGUCGUGAGCGAGCAAGUAGAAGGUCGCAAUAAUCGAGUUUUCAAGGUUGAUUUCCCAGAGGCGAGAGCUGGGCUGUACGAGUGCCAAUUAAAAUCCGAGCUACCGAAUCGGAAGCUAUCACGUUUUUCGUUGAAGCGGACAUUGGUGUAUUGA